CGACCGGUGGUCAAGUGGCAAAGUAUGCAUAAAGCCACGCUAGCUAUUGUCCGAGACAGCAGGGCCGUCUGUCUAUUAUAGGAAAGGAUCAAAAUCUGGACCAAAGUCCCCGUAUGUACGUUCAGCUUCAGGAAGAAGAAACCCUCGAAAGUGGUGAUGCAGACAGCCGAUAGGCGCCGAAGGUAGCAAUCAUGGCAGGGUGUUGGACGGGGUUGCAAGGGUCAUCUCUGCUCUGUCGCAUCUGGCAAUUUUCCAGAGGAGCAAAAGCAAAAAGAGGAUGUAAAGAAGUCAUCGGCGUCGCCAGCUAAGCUGACCUUUAUGCUCUCCAUGCAUUGCUGGUCUCCUUCAACAUGGUUCAGUACAGUCCCUUCUCUUUGGGCUGCCCGUUGAUAUACUUGUUCUCGAGAUGCAACCUCCGUUCUUCCUGUUCUUCAUCUUGAUCUCGCGAUAGCUUCCGCCCCGAUGGCCACUCUGCCCUCGUCCCUGCCGCCCGGGGUUUCUCCUCCAUUGACCGAAGAAAACGAGCAUAAUCAUAAUGGCUUGAUUGUCAUCAUCACUUCCUUGGGACUCUUUCUCGUCUUGGCUUCUCUCGGAAUCCGGAUGUUCGCAUCCUCGAAGCGAAGCAUUCUCUUACGUGAUGAUUAUGUUCUGUUCGUAGUUGUGGCGUGCGCCUGCGCGCAAGUGUCUCUGGUGCUAGUCCAAGUUCACUUUGGCUGGGGCCAGUCAGAGGAUUUACUUCGUUCUGCAGACUCCUCCUCUAUGUUGAAGGCCGGCUAUGCAGCAGACCUAUUGUAUAUCCUCAUCCUAGGACUGUCGAAGAUAUGCACAAUGCUGUUCUACCAAAACCUUUCGCUGCCUCGGACCAAAUGGAUGAUCAAGUCUAUUCUGGUGGCAUGUGCGUUGUGGACAUUUCUGGCAAUGCUCCUGUUAGCCAUUCGAUGCAGUAGCGAUCCUUGGGUUGAUAUCGACCAUGAAUGUCCAAGCCUUCUGCCACGCUGGCGAGCAAUCAGCGCGCUCGACAUUAUCCUCGAAGUGUUGAUUCUUUCCUACCCAGUGGUAAUUAUCCUGAACGUUCAGAUAUCGCCAAGGCAAAAGAUGAUAGUGUUGGGUAUUCUCAGCUUCCGCAUUAUACUCAUACCUCUCUCCACCAUCCACUUAUAUUUCACCCGGAAGCAAAUCCAGUCUUCCGACCCAACCCUGCUUGGAGCCUAUGCCACCACGACCGCUGAGCUCCAUAUGAGCCUCAGCAUCGUACUCUUGACAAUAUCAUCCCUCAAGUUGUUUGUGGCGGUGUACGAAGACGAGCAAGGCUUCGCCUACACAGAGGAAAUGUCCGGCUCCCAUAGUAAUAGUGGGCCAACUGCGCCCACGGCCUGGAAAUUAUCACACCACAUCAAAGAUCCAGCUCCUCUGCCAGGCAGAAACGGUACGGACCGCGAGCCAAUCCUGCAGGGUACAUCGGCAUCGGCGUCAUCUUCUAGGACUCCGUGCCUGCUAAAACGGACCAACGCCAUCAUGAAAAGUGUCCAGAUUUCUGUGACGAGGGAGAGUAUUGAGCUGGAUGAAAGGGGAGGAGUAGAUGCCAAGUCAGCAACCAAUUUAUGA